AUGGCUCACAAAGAGAGAAACAUAUUGGCAGGCUUGAAGAUCGAAACUUCUUUUCAGCGACAUCGGUGGCAAGGGCAUGAAGGAGGCCGACGGGGGACGGAAGAUAGAAAUGGCAUCGAGGGCGACCGUACAAACAUCUUUCACGAUUCUGGCGCACGCCGUUGCGGUACUGAUGAAGACAACAGUGUCCUAAGUGGUCUACAUUCAGCAACCCCUCCCAUCUCGGUCCCUCGUCACGAUGACCACCCGGCACCGGAUACCAGCUAUCCGCACAAGCCAGAGGAUGUUCAAGCCUCUCCACUAGACAGCUACACCCACAAUCGCCGCCCCUCUAUCAGUUUCGACCCCACUGUUAGUGUGGAUUCUGGCCAACAACAGCCUCUAGAAGAGCCGCUGGCCAGGGGAGAGGCUACAAAUCGAGCACCUUUCAAAUAUCAAUCAAAGAGCUCCGGGUUGCGCAAUGCCCUGUCCCAAGAGGACAACGAGGAGCACCGUACAAAGCCUGUCGAGUACGGCUCCAGUCCCAGAAGAUAUCGAAAUCAGCAUGGCUUUCCCACCGGUCCUCGUGGCAGCUUCCCUGCCAGCCCCGAAGAAGAAGCGCCCAUGGGCUCUGAACUUGAACGUCCAACUUCCUUAACAUCGGUCUCGACUGUUUCUCCAGUGACGGAUGAAGUACGAACCCCGCCCGAGAGUUCCAGGGACUUGCUAUCACCCAUCUACAUGGCAUCUCCAGUCCAUACAUUUGCUUCCCUCGAUGACCGCAGUUCUUGGUCUGGAAGCGUCAUGACACCCUUUGGAAGCAAACCUAGAGGCUUGCGGGGCUCUACACGCCAGAGCUCCCGUCGUUCGACUCUCUCAAGCGGCAAGUCUCCAGCUAGCAUGUUUCUUUCCAUGUGGAGUAGUCGUGAAGAACCUGCGCCAGAACCCGAUGAUGAAGGUCAAAUGGUCGGGACGGAUUAUGUGCUUGGAAAACAGAUCGGUUUUGGUGGCUUCAGCACAGUGAAGGAAGCAUACAAGGUUGAAGAAAGGGGCGGAACAAGACGCCUUGCAGUCAAGAUCGUUCGAAAACAGGUCUUCGGAAAAACUGAGAAUGAAAACGACAUGGUACAAGCAGAAUUCGAUCACGAAGUCCGCGUUUGGCGAUAUCUCAACCAUCCAAACAUUUUAACCCUGGAUGCUGUCUAUGAAACCGAUUACGCCACCUUCUGUUUCACAAAGCUAGCCAUUGGCGGCACUCUGUUUGACCUCGUUCGCCAGAAUCGUCAAGGCUUGGAUAUCGCUCUUGCCAAAAAAUACACCUAUCAGUUAGGAUGUGCCUUGCGGUAUCUACACGAGGAUGCUCGCGUCGUUCAUAAGGACAUCAAGCUUGAAAACUGUCUUCUCGACCCCAUUGGAUCCUCGGACGGCUCAGGAUCCUCGAACCUUGUCCUCUGCGACUUUGGUAUGGCCGAAUGGUUGAACACAGACAACGAGGGUGAUUCCCCCGGUCCUUAUGGCGAUGCAGCGGACCGACCAGCUCCAAAGAAUAUCGGUCCUGCCGGGUCCAGUACUAGUGUUGCGGGAAGUUUGGAAUACGCUUCCCCGGAGUUACUCCUCUCGAUUAAUGGCGUUAUUGAUCCUUCCGUGGACAUCUGGGCAUUCGGUGUCAUCAUCUACACUAUGAUUGUUGGAUCACGGCCUUUCCAAGACGCCUUCGCGCCUCGCAUCCAGCAAAACAUUCUGAACGGAACCUGGGAUCGGAAAGCGAUUCUGGGCCCCGAGGACGACUCGCCAAACCGCCAGGACCGAGAGGCUGCUCUCGAGCUGAUCCAGGGCUGUCUGGAUAUGGACGUCGGAAGACGUUGGAAUAUCCGUGAGGCACUGUCGUCGCGCUGGCUGCACGGUGUUUCUGAAAAUGUGCAGGACGGCGCAAACGAGUCGAUCUGGAAACUGUGA